GAUCCUCUGUCACUGGAUUUUAUCGGCCAGGGCUGCAAAGAAGCCUAUACCUGUGAGAAGACAGCUUUGCUGCAGCGCCCCCUGACUACCACCAGCUGAAGUGGAGCUGUGUGUCCGGAUUUGUGAAUUCUCUGACCGUUAGGAGGUCCUAUUGGAUGGUUGGCGACUGCCCUGACGACUGGACGGAUGACGUCACCAGGGAUCAGUGCGUGAAACAGGCGGAUCCCUUCAACCCGGGUGAUCUGGUUUACCGGAUGCCCGUGGUACAUACUUCUACGCUUGUGGGGUCUGGAUUACUUGUGAAUGGAGCCCCCUACAGAAACAUAUUCUGUGCAAUGUGUAACAACGCGUCUUUAACAGACGUAACCUUAUGGGAUUCCGAAGUGGAGUGUUCAGGACUGCUUAAUCUGUCCUCACACACCCAUGUAGGUUCACAGGCCUACAAUAGCAUCACUGAUAGUUCGGAAGAUUGCACUGGAACGAACAAAGUAAUGUUCAUCCCUUCAGGAGACUCAUAUGAUAGACGAUGUGUCCAGUCUGAUAUUUCCCACGAGACUUGUAACAUUACUGCCUGUAGGUCCUAUAGUUAUCCAAUAGGCAUCGGACAUAAGAUUUACAGAAAUAUCCACUGUGCUCUUUGCGAAGGACUCUCUCUAACGGCAACCACACACUUAUGGUGUAAUAACACUCGGGAUAGCGACAGCGGUCAGAGUAUCGACUGCAAACACUCACACUGUCCAGACAGAUUCUCACUAACUAACCUGUUCAACUUUAAUGCCUAUGGGGGUGGUGGAAACAGUCCCAAUCAGUGCCCCGCCGGUACUGUAUAUGAUCCCUUCACAGACACAUGCAGGCUCCUCUCGUCCUCCCGUAGAACUCACGGCUCAUCAAACAAAACUAUCCCCGCACAAAACUGCAGCGAACCCGCUUUGACGUUCACAGCUGAAGAGUUCCGUGUCCUUCCCAAUGGCAGCGUCCACCUGCUGAGUUCUAACGUGUCCUGCCCACCUGAGCAGGUGGCCAUUCUGAACACAACAGCUUCGAUCUGCGGGGAGUGCAUACUGCCGCACUUCACGACUACCAGCAGGGACCCAUACCAGGGCUGGUUAACCCUGGGGCUUGUCACAGUGUCUGCCGUAGCCGUGGUUGUCUGCGCGGUCUACUCUGUCCGGUCUGGCCAGUGGGAAAGAGUCGCGGAAAAGCUGAAGGUUCAGAUGAUGGCAUGCACGGCAUUUGCUGAAGCCAUGUUUGUGGUUCGUGUGUGGGUCCCUCUCGGAGUGGGCUGUACAGUGUUCGCCAUACUUCUGCACUACCUCCUGCUGACCAUCUUCACAUCCAUGAACGCGCUUGCUAUUGAUCUCUUUCUUACGUUUGGUGACGGUUUAGAAAGAGUCCAACUGUACCAGUACCGCUUGUAUACCUGUCUGAUGCCGGUGCCUGUAGUAGUACUGACAGUGAUCGUGGAGUUCGGCAGUUCUGUCAGGGUGGGGUACGGAGAGAACUGUUGGAUCGGCAAUCCGACUGCCAGUCUGGUGGCUUUCGGAGUUCCUGUCCUCUGUGCCUUUCUGGUUAAUGCCGUCUUGGUCACUUUUGUCUUGCUGGCCAUACGGAAGUCGUUUAAGAUAGCAGACGCUGCACUGACGCGCUCAAACAGUACCAAGGCCUGGGUCUACGUGCGGUUCUCCUAUCUGAUGGGGUUCACUUGGCUUCUCGGCUUCAUCUAUCCUUACGUCAACAGCAGAGCUGUCGAGUACUUCUUCAUCGUGCUGAACGCUUCUCAGGGCCUUCUACUGGCCAUGAUACUGACAAUAACGUCAAAGAUGUUGAAGAAAUGGAGGUCUGCGAUCAGAGCACGCUUGGGUCUGGCCGAACCAGAUCAGGACAGUGGACGAACCACCACCACUGGUACCAGCCGGUCGACCAUCAAAGGGAGCACUAAGAUGACAGCUGCUAGAACCGACUCAGCUACAGACGUAGCCAUGACAACUCCCACUGAUGUCGAGGAGAACAAGACGCGACUUCAGCCAGGGAAAGGACGAACCUCCACAGCCAGGGCCCGGCGGGUCAUCGGAGGUCGAACCGUCUCCGCUGGCAGGCGGCAGAGCAUCGGGGGUGAAAGGCAGGUGGAGCCGGCUCUACUGAGGAAAUCCCCAUGGCAACUUUAG